GACACGACAAGCUGGCCUGAUCCAGCCACAGCAGCUGCCACGGCGGGAUCAGACAGCACUGUCCAGUCGCAGACACUUCUGACAGCCGGCAAGCAGCAGCAGCAGCCGGCUAAGAAGGGAAAGGGCAAAUGGAUGCCCCUUGAGGCAGAGAUCCAAUAUCCGAAGCCCAAGAACGCCGCUCAGCACCCUUCCACUCAGCGCCAGCCAAAGCAGCAGCAGCAUCAGCAGGCCAGCCAGCAGCCGCAGAGCGGGAAUAACAAACAAUCGGCAGCAUCUGGGUCGGCGAAGGACUCAUCGGAUACCGCCGCUGCCAAGGGCCCCAAGCCCGCAAACGCACACAAAAAGAACAGCCGCUCGGACAACUCGUCGCACGGACAGAAUAUCCACAGCAACAGCAACAGUGACGGCUCGCAUCAACAGCAGACCCAGGCCCAGAGCCACGGCCAGCAGCAGCAGGGACGGAAUCAGCGGUCGGCCGGACGCGGUCGCGGUCGCGGACGUGGACAGAACCACAAUGUUGCUCAGACCCGUCGCACUGGCCCUCGCAUCGCCGGCCACGCACCCAGCCACUACCAGGGCAAGGGCAACGUGCAGAUCGGCGGCUUUGCCCCCCUACCCUUCCCACCGCCAGUGGCCGGCGACGAGCAGUCGGUCGUCGACUUUGUCCGGGCGCAGGUCGAGUACUACUUUAGCGUUGACAACCUGUGCAAGGACAUCUUCUUCCGCACGCAGAUGGACACCGAUGGCUUUGUGCCACUGACGCUGAUAGCCGGAUUCAACCGCCUCAAGAUAGUCACGACCGACCUCGAGCUUAUUCGCGGUGCGCUCGACGCUUCAGAGCAGGUCGAGCUCGGCGAGACCCGCGACCGCGUGCGCAAGCGCGGUGACUGGGCGACCUGGCUCUUCCCGAGUCCCGAGGUUGUCCAGCAGCAGCAGCAGCAGAGCGACGCCCUGAAAAAGCAAGCCCGGCUGAGCGCUAAUGCUAAUGCUAAUGCCAAUUCCAAAGAUCUGACAAUAGCGGCUGCUACUGCCGCCACCGCCGCUACUGCUGCAGCUGCGAGUAGCAACGUUGGCAGCGCCAAUACAAUCAAUCUACCCUCUGCCUUGCCGAUGACCCCCACGACGCCCUCCAACUUGCCGAUGACCCCCGCCGGAUGGAAGCCCGUCGGCGCGCGCGCUCCUACUGGCCGCCAAACGGCUGGGUCAGACAGACUGCAGUUCAACCUCACCCCGCCGGAUUCGGGCUCUAGGCACACCGACUCAUUUGGCAACGACUACGACGAUGAUGACAUGUUCCAGCUUGAUGAGGAACUCGAAACCCGCACCCGUCGCGAGCGCCGCAACACCGGCCGCCACAGGUCUGUCAGUCACUCUGCACGCCGCCAGUCCUUCCGGGCUGAUCACGGCGACUUUAGCCAGGACGAGGACGGCAAUUGGUUCUCGGGCGACGAGGGCGACGACGACAUCGACGAGGAUGUUGUCGCCCGCCUGCUCAUCGUCACGCAGCGGCGGACGCGCGAUCGCACGCACUACCAGUACGAACGCAAGGCCGCACACGACGACCUGUCUGAGAUCAUCAACGAGGGCCUGCAAAACUACGAGCGUGAUCUGCGAAUUCGCCAGCGCCAGGAGAGACAGAACAAUGUCAAGGUGAACACCGUCGGCCAGUUAAAGUUUGAGCGCUUGCACGUCGAUGACACCACUCCUUCAUUUGCUGGGCCUAUGGCGCAGCUUGGUGCUGCUGGCGCGAUGAGCACGCUUAGCGUGUCCGAGCAGAUCCAGCGCGAGAUUGAGAUGUCCGACCGCGCACAGGCAAUCCCGAUUGGCGAUGGAAAGGGCGGUCGCGGGAAGCGCAAGAGCCGCCAUCUGGCAGCGCGCUUUCUGCCGGUCCACGAGAACGGAGAGGGCUCGGCAUCCAAGCAACAUCAGCAAGCUGCUUCAUCGGCCGCCUCCGGAAGCGCCGGGUCCUACGGCAAGAGCCCAAUGUUUGGCCCGAGCAACGGACCCCGGUUUCCUCGCAAGUACCGCGACAGCCGCAAGUACCAGGCGCAGGCACCCGUCGGCUGGCUGGUCGGUACGCAGCCGUACACUGCCGCUGAGGCGGAGAUGUCGAAGUCGCUCGACCGGGCGUCCGGCAGCAGCUUCAACAUGGGCAGAUAUAUCGAGCAGCACAUGGGCGGCAGCGCCGGAUCGCAGGCCGGAAGCAGCAGCAGCCAUAUGGCCGUGGACGCGGCGGACCCAGGCGCGGCGCAUCACGAGCACCCGUCGCACGAGCUUCUGCGUGAGAACGGAUUCAUGCAGCACAAGUACUACCGCUACCAUGCCAAAGCGCUGAAGGAGCGCAAGCAGCUGGGCGUCGGGCUCUCGCAGGAGAUGAACACGCUGUUCCGCUUCUGGUCGCACUUUAUGCGCGACUCGUUUAACAAGAAGAUGUACACCGAGUUCAAGCGCCUGUCUCUGGAGGAUGCCAAGAGCAACUACCGUUACGGCCUGGAGUGCCUGUUCCGCUUCUACUCGUACGGCUUGGAGAAGAAGUUCCGCAAGGACAUCUUCAACGACUUCCAGGAAAUGACCAAGUGGGAUGUCGAGCAAGGCGAGCUGUAUGGUCUGGAGAAGUUCUGGGCCUACCUGCACUACAACCGCAACAAGCUGCCUCGCGAUCUGCACAUUGAUUCUGAUCUGCAGAAGAGCGUCGAUCAGUACAAGAGUGUUGAUGACUUUAAGCGGGCCAACCGGGACCGGCGCAGCUCGCUCUCUGGUGGAGUGAGUCACAGCCAGCAGCAUCGCGAGGGCAGCGUACAGGCGCUAAACAACAAAAAGGCACUGGCCAAUGCUGAGCAGGUCGUCCCCUCUCAAUAGACAACGUAAGCCCUGAGUGGGUUAGACUAUUUAUUUUCAUUUAUUUAUUUUUACACUUUUAGACUUCAAUAUCCUUUUUCCUUCCUCAUGGCAAAAUUUUUUA